GUUAUAAUUAUUAACAUUUUUAGUUAAAUUUAUGAAAAUAAAAACUUUUGAUACAAUUUGCUAAAAGUAAAAUGACUACAAAUUUAGAGAGAAGAUUGUCUAAAGAGUUACUCGAAAGUGAUGUCAAAAUACUUAAGAAAUUCAAAGACGUCAAAAGUCUUGAAGAGUUUGAUUUAGAAAACCUGGAACUCAUUAGAGGCGAAACACCGGAAGAUGUUAAACAACGGUGUCUUCAACUCUGUAAAGACUAUCUAAGCAAUGAAUGGUUGGAUCAAACUGUCGACACAUUUGAGUUCAAGCGGUUGACGGGAGGAAUGACUAAUCAGUUAUACUAUUGUUCACUACCGACGGUAUCAAACACUUCUCAAACACCACAAGAAGUGUGUAUAAGAUUUUAUGGUCCAAAACACUUCAAUGAAGACGAGAGGUUAAGUGAUAUUAUAAUUGCAUUGUUGGUCUCGGAAAGUCAUAUCGGACCUAAAAUAUUGGGCAUAUUUGAAGAUGGUCAAAUUUUACAAUAUCUUAAACACAGGCAAUUUCGACUACCUGAGCAAAACAAUCCUAAAUUAGCGAUUCAAUUGUUUGAAAUGUUGGCAAAAAUACACUCAUUGGAAGUGCCCAUCAAAAAGUCUAUUAACUGGUUAUUUGAUUACUUUGAUGAAUGUCUUGAUAUCGGUUAUAACAAGUUUUCAAUUAAUCAAAUGUUUGAUGAAUUAAAUUGUGAAACACUUAAGAAAUAUGAUAUAAAAAAUGAAAUUCAAUGGAUUAAGAAAAUAAUGAUUUCAAUUAACAGUCCCAUUGUAUUCACACACGUGGACUGUAGGGGCAGUAAUAUAAUGGUUACCGAACCCAAUGAUGAUAUCAUACUCUGUGAUUUUGAGUACUCCAACUAUGGCUACCGGGGCUUUGAUUUGGGUACUAUUUUGAUUGAAUGGGGCCAUCAUUUUAAAGACUACAAUGUCUCUCACAAUUUUCCGGGUGAUCAUGUGUUUGAACCACUAAUCAAGGCAUACAUUGACGAGUCGGUCAAUAUUCACGGAAAAGCAUUUUUGGAAAAUAAAUUCAAUUCAUACGAAAACCUAUUAAAAGAGACAAAAAUAUUUACAUUAUCUGCAUUCAUGUGGCUCAUCAUGUUUUGCAUCAAAAAUGAUGAUAACGAUGACAAUGCUUUACCAAUCAAUAAAAAUGUUAUGAUGGGUUUCGCUGAAGUUAAUUACAAAAGUUAUUGGAAUUUUAAAAAUGAAUUCAUAAAACAACAUUUAUUUGAUUGAUUCAUAAUUUAUACAGAUUAUCAAAU